UCUAAUGCAACGAGGAAAGGGGAGGAAAUUGAAAGGAUCCAUUUUCCUUCCACUUUUAAUAAAUCAAAUCCCUUCAUUGUUGGAGAGAUUUGAAAGGAAAAUAAAAGGUCUCCCUUCCCUCCCCUCCCCUCCCCUCCCUUUGCCUUCCUCCUUCUUCCUUUCCCUCCCUUUCCCUUCACUAUUGUUAUCUAAACAUUUUGUUAAUGUUUUAAAUACAAGUAUUAGCAUUAAACCUUUUGAUACACCCUUUUCCCCUCAUUUCAGUUUUCCUCAUCUCCCGCUAACGAAUGGAGAGAGAAAGAGACGCAAACUGAAGAAGAGCAGCCCAUCAGCAAACAAAUUCGGUUAAAAAAAAUCCAAACUUCUCCAAUAAUUAUUUAAUACUUAUACUAUAUAUUACUCGUAGUACUCUAAUGUCGUCACGAAAUUCCAUAAUAAUCAAUUCAUACAUUUGAUAACUCCCACCUUAAGCCUUCUUCUCCAUCUCGAGAUUCCAUUAAUAAUUUCAAUUCAACCAUCAGAUAAAAGUUGGAGUAGAAAUAUUGCUAAUUUUAGGAGAGAGAAAAUAUUACCCAAAAAAAAAAAAUGGCAAAUUGGGAGUUGAAGAAAUGUUGCAAUCAUGAACAAGUUGUUUUCUUGACUACCACAGCUGUCUGUACUGUUGUCAUUCUUGCUCUAUGGAGAACGGUGCUACUGAUGCCUUUCAAGCUCGUGACAGUCUUUCUUCAUGAAGCAAGCCAUGCCAUUGCUUGUAAACUCACUUGUGGCCAUGUUGAGGAGAUGCAAGUACAUGCGAAUGAAGGUGGUAUGACGACAACACGUGGUGGUGUUUAUUGGUUUAUCUUGCCUGCUGGAUAUCUUGGCUCAUCAUUCUGGGGAAUGGCUUUAAUACUUGCAUCGAAAAAUCUUUUGACUGCCAGAAUUGCUGCAGGAUGUUUAGCCCUUGCUCUAUUUAUUGUUCUUUUUGUUGCCAAAAAUUGGACACUACGUGGACUAUGUGUUGGGUUUAUUAUUGUUCUUGCUGUAAUCUGGGUCCUGCAAGAAACAACAAAAAUACACAUCCUCCGUUAUAUGAUUAUGUUCAUUGGUAUAAUGAACAGCCUGUUCUCUGUUUACGAUAUAUACGGUGAUUUAAUCUCCCGAAGGGAACACACUAGUGAUGCAGAGAAGUUUGCUGAAGAAUGUCCUUGCUUCUGCAAUGGUGUGGGAUGGGGUAUUAUUUGGGGAAUUAUAUCGUUUAUGUUUCUAUGUAUAUCCAUGUACUUAGGCCUCGUAAUCCUCUCUUCUGGUAUUCUACUAUACCUUCCAUUUGAGCUCAGUUUUCCAAUUAGAUUAAGUUCUGCAACCUUGAUCUUUUCCUGACUUCUGGCAGCUUAAGGAGAAUCAGAUUGCUGCAAUGCCACAGCUCACAUACCGAAUCAACAGCUUUGUUUAAAGGCUUAUUACAGCUACAAUUCAAUACAUCAUUCCCGCUGCACACCUCGAAUGUCUCAUUUUUUUUCAACCCUUCUGUUUUGAUUGGGUUGAAGCCUAUAAUACCAUUAUAAUACUUUGGUGGUUAUUCUUUUACAGCUGAUUCGUCAUAUAAUAUCGGUAUACGGUGCUUUCUAGAGAAGAUCAGAAUUGUAUUACAAGUACUAAGUAAUAAUAUUUUGAACUCAAAUUAAAUACGAUGUAUAUGCUCAGUUUCAGACUCAUAGCAGAUUGAAUAUAUGGUGCUUCCUAGAGCAGAUUCCUUUGA